UCAGUCGUUAUUCUCCGGGAAAAAGAUCUCCUUCGUUAUGAAACAUAUGGUUUGGAUGGCUGCUUACAACUUUUCCUUCUGUACCAGAACCAGAACCACCAUCACACCGCCUCUAGCAGGAACUGCUGCUCACCGACAAGAUGCCUGAGCCUUUGUCUACCCUGUCGCCUGCCAAGCAGAACUCCAGAUCGUCUCCUAUCAAGCUCGACCUUUCCCAGAAACUCGAUCCCACUCCGUCAACAACAACACCAACACCUCCACGUUCCCCUGCUACCAUGUCCACAGUGGCUGUCGCGCGAUCUUCUACCACUGAUACCUUGAAUCUACAGUUAUCGACCAUGGAAAGUCCUCACUCUCCUCGCGACCUCCCCAGUCCACAGACGAGCCCUCGAAAAGCGUUCUCGCCGAUAAAAUACCGCUUGCAAGAUGAUUCAAGGGACGACUCCCCUCCCGGCUCUCCUGCUGAACCUACGGUUCGGUUCAACGAAGGGCUGACAAGGGCGAUUGACUCCUUACAGGAGGUACAAAAUAACAAUGUCCACGAGUCAUUCACACACUCAACACAUGACACUGCUGCCGUUGCGUCGCCAGAGCAAGAGCAGCAACGAACAGAAGACGUUCCCAGAGAUGAACUGGAUGAUUUGACCUUGACGCUGACCCUCGACGACAAAACUAUCAAUGAUGAAACCGUCGGCGAUCUUAGCACCAUCUCGGCCAUCCCUACAGACAUGACUCGCUUCUCUAAUCUACGCAACUCUCCUUCCAAACCUCCCUGCGAACCCUGGUCACCCAGUAAACAACAACGACGCACCUCCGUCAUUACUAGUACACCUGGGACAGCUCAGCGACCACUGCGGUUGUUGUCUACGUCCCGUCGAAGUACCUCGUCAAAUGAAGAUGACGACCCUACUCCUCGAAAACCAUCGGCUUCUGGUGACGCCACAACUGAUCUUUUGAAUUUUACGGGGCAGACCAAUAUUGUGAUUCCUCCACCUUCCUCGGCGCCGCGUAGUGUGCGACGAAGUCCCUCAGGAAGGGGAGGCUUCCCAAUCAAGAUUAACCCUAGUCCGAUGCACCGGUCACAGGCUUCUGUGGAUCGUGAGAGAGCGGGGGGGAGAUCACCACAAAAGCAGCAUCAAGCUCCGUCUGGUGACAGAACUGUGCCUGCCACUCCUGCAGGUCAACGGCACAGUAUGUUUUCUGCUACUGGUUUGGGCAUGGAUUUACUGGAUAUCGAUCUCGAACCUAUGGCCACCCCUCGCUCAAUACCAACAAUCACUCCGAGAGAGUUGGAAACUUUGCGCUCGGAAUUACAGUCUCGCAUUUCAGGGCUCGAAGCUACUUUGUCCGGUAAGGAAGCCGAGGUGAUGGCUCUCAAGCGCGCUGUGACGGAUGCGGAAGUUAGAGUGGGCAAAACUAGUGAAGAGCUUCGGAAUGAACGUGCCCAGAGGGAAGAGAUGGAGCACGAGAAGGAAGACCUUGCACGGCGAUCGCGUGAAAUGGAGGAGGUACUUCGGGAGAUUAAGCAAAACAUCUUUCUUGAGGAACGAGAGAAAGAGAAACUCCGACGCCAAAACGAAGAGGCAGAUCGAAGAACAGAAGAGCUCGAAGUGCGUAUACUUGAACUACAGGCGUCACUCGACACCCUCCGGUCCGACCGAAUACGAGCUACCCCUAGCCCGGACAAAAACAACACCCCGGCCACGCCAGGUGUAUCUGCAGACAUUGAUUUUGCCGUCAAAGAUGCCACUGAAAAGGUUGCUCGGGAGCUGCACGCUCUUUACAAGAGCAAACAUGAACGAAAAGUGUCGGACCUCAAGGUCAGUUACGAAAAGCGUUGGAUCAAGCAAGUGGAACAGUUGCGAGCCGACCUCAAAGCAACACAGGACGAAGUUCUCAAGCUACAGACGGAGAAAGAGGCUACCAUGAGUGGCGUCAUCCCCGGCCAAAGUGAGGCCAUGUCGAAGAUGGAAGGGCAAAUUGAGGAGUUGCGCCGAUGGAACGAAGAGACCAUGGCCGAGAAGAAACUCCUCGAGGCAGAAACUGCAGGCCUUCGUAGCCAAGUGGAUUCCCUUACUGCAGAGACCGACUCGCUGCGGAAGGAUGUCGAACAAGAAAGAAUCGAAAAGGGAGACCUGGUGGCUCAAGUGGAUUUGUUCUUGAGCAUGAGUGCACAGCAGGACGAACAACGCAACAUUGAUGCACAGCGCCAUCCUGUUAGUCCUCCGAGGAGUGAGGAUGGAAAUGGUCGACCAAAUUCUGCGGCAGCAGUUGCCAGUCCGAACAAAUUCAGGAAUAGCAUGAAUGGUGGAGCGACAGGGUUACCCAGUCGGCCACGACCGAUGAGCAUGCUUCAGAAGCCGACGGCGGGUAAAUUCUCUGGUAUUCCAGCUCCGGGAAGUACGGGAUUGAAGGCACCUUCGUCUAAGAUUGGAGGAGGGUAUGGCGGCGGUCGAAGUGGUGGCAUCAUGGAAGGCAUUGCACGCAUGGGCGCCGGCGGUAGAUGAUUGUGUUGACCUAUUAAUUGUCUCGCAUUUCAAGCUGCAAGGAGAGGCUGGUGAGAUGCAAACAUUGGAUAUGAUUCCCACGACUUGGUUGCUUUUGUGUGUUAUACGACUUUUAUGAAGCAAGGGGGAGAGAAGGGCUUGAUUGAUCAGUGUCAAGUACGGAGUACUUGUGUGCGUGUCUGCUUGGAAUCCGGGGAUACUAUUCUGAGUGGUAUGGAGUGUUGAGGAAUAGUCAGUGGAUGGAGUAAGAGAUUGAUCUUCGAGUGUGUCUGUCUUGCCAAUUGAGUAGGACAGAUUGAGUUGUACUCGGACGAGGUCAACGACAAACACCUACACAGGAUCAAAUCAUCUAAUGCAUAUCCGUACAGAGUGACCGUACAGAGAGUUUGUAAAUUAAUACUCGGUACCUCGCAUCAAGCCACUUGGG